AUGGUAGAUAUUGGUUGCUUUGGUAAAGACAAUGAUGCUAAUAUAUACAAUCACUCGGUUAUUGGAAAAGGCUUUGCUACAGGCACAUUCAACAUCCCAGAAGCAGAAAAAGUGGGCGACUCUGAAGAACUACCUUAUGUCAUUGUAUCUGAUGAAAUUUUUGGUCUAAAAACCUACCUCAUGAAACCAUAUCCAGGAAAUGGUUUAACUGAGUCCCAAAAGGUAUUUAACUAUCGACUUAGCAGAUGUAGACAAGUUAUUGAAAAUGCAUUCGGCAUAUUAUCUGCACUCUGGAGAAUAUUUCGUCGACCAAUCAAAGCCAAACCAUGUAAUGUUGACAGUAUUGUAAAAGCCUGUAUUUGUUUACACAACUAUUUAAGAUUAACUGAUAAUGCCCACUAUAUUCCACAAGGCUUUGUUGAUACUGAAGAUGGCAAAGGUGAAAUUCUUCCUGGAAAUUGGCGUGCAAUUGUUGAAAAUAAUGCAAGUGGGAUGACUCCACUUCAGCAAAGAGUGAAUAAAUAUGGCAGUGAUGCAAAGGUGACAAGGGAAAGAUUCGAGAAAUAUUUUAACAGCAAAGAAGGUGCAGUUUCAUGGCAAUUAAAACAUGUUAGGAGCUUCGGGGAAGAUUUUGCAACUGCUAUAUACAAAAAAAUAAACUACUAA